UUCAAAAAUGUCGGUUGCUUUUAGUUAAGUUGUUUUGAAGUUCAGUCCUAUAUUUUAAAGGUUUUGUUAGUAAAUUAUUAAAAUAAUUUACAUCGUCUAGCUUUGUUCAGUAGUCGCCCAUACCAGUUUUAAUUACGAAAUAUACAGUGAACUUUAAGAAAAAUGCCCAGAACCAAGCGACCCGUGAAAAAACAGGAGAAACAUGUCGAUUCCGAUGAUACUCUUAGGAGAUUAAAAAAACUAUCUAAUGACUUAAAGACGAAAAUAGAUUCACAAGCUCAAAUGCAAAUUGGAUGUGUUGAGAUUGCUUUUAAGAUAUUGUUGGGCUCAAUAAGUGCAGCAAACUUGCAAAAGACUUUGGGUCAAUUGAAAAAUGAACUCCUUCUCAAAGAGCCCACAAACACCAGACCAUCAAGAGUGACUGCAUCAAGCCGUGCUGCAUCAAAUGAUGAUGGCUACCUCACCGAGAACUCAUCCCAGGGAUCCGGGGAUCGUGGUGUUAAGAAAACAUUCAUGCCGCCUUCAGCAACUCGUUCCAUAAGGCGGUCUCGGUCAGCCGAUGCCUCUGCCCGUUCAAUUGCUAAGCCUUCCGCACGUGCCACUACGCAACGGCGACGUAGCAAGAGCGUGUAUCGCACACCGGCCCUUAAUAGGAAUGCUGGGGUUAAUUAUCCUGUUAUAACUCCUAAGGUGACUCCCCACACACCGUUAACAGUAUUACGUCAGCCACGACAAGGAGAGAUGGUACUGUCGAUGUCUGGGUCACCUGUUAUGGUACCCAGCUGUGUAUAUGCAAUGCAACCUGAUGAAAAAGCAAAUUGCAACAUUCUACUCCGAGAUGGUACAAUGCUUUCCCUACAACCGAAACAGCUCCGACAGUCACAGGCCUACAUUCCGUUUUCUCUCAUGGAUGAUAAUGUCUUGCUUCAGCUCAAGACACUUAAAGAUAACCUGGAUAAGGUUGUUAAACUCGGAGAAAGGGCCAAGAAGUGAAAUAGUGAUAGUGUUAGUGUGAUUAUAGUGAUAGUGACAAAGAUAUCCCAAAGUCAGUAAGCCUUUAGGAAAUUUGAUUAUUGAAUUAAUUAAACUACUUAUUUUAUAUUGAUAUGACAACAUAAAGAUAUUGUCAUACUUAUGUGAAAGGAAACACAAUGAUAACAUGGUUUUCAAUUGAAUUUAUAGCUAAUAUUCGAAAGAAACAAUUAUAAUAUUUAAAGUAUUGGCUCUAUAAUUUCUGCUAUUUAUUAUUGACAGAACCUAAAAUUUAUUUUUUUAAAUGUCAAAUCAUGUAUUUCUUUUAUUUAAACCCAUGUCAAUUAGAUCCAUAAAUUCCAAACCAUCUAUACUUAUUACUUCUAUUUUUCUAUGUUAAUAUUUAGUUUCUAAUGAUAAAAAAACCAGACUGAAUGUUGCUUUUGUAUUUUUCUAAAAUAUUGUAUUUGCUGUAAAUAUUGCUAU